AGUGGAGUGCACUGGUGGAGGACAGUGGGCAGGUCUGACCCAUAUAUUGCUCCUCAUUUAUCUAACUUAGCGGUUGCUUUUCACAUAGUUUGGAGCCACUUUCUGAAGCUGUCUGUGAAGCUGUCGGACGUGAUGGCGACUUGUGACGACGUGCGGGAAAACGUGAAGAAGUACUACGGCAGUCGAUUGGAGUCCUCCUGUGAUUUGCAAACAAGUGCUGCCUCCUGCAGUUUGUCAGGUUGCCCAGCGCCAAGAAGUGUCACAGAUGCACUGAGCCUGGUUCACCCAGAGGUAACGAAAAGAUUCUUCGGCUGUGGUCUUCCCUUUCCAGCGAAGCUUGAGGGCUGCAGGGUCCUGGACCUGGGCAGCGGCUCUGGCAGGGACUGUUAUGCCUUCAGUAAACUCGUGGGACCGAGCGGACAUGUGACAGGGAUUGAUAUGACGGAGGAGCUGAUCACAGUGUCUCGUCAGUACGUUGAAUAUCAUCAGAAGAAGUUUGGCUAUGAGAAGCCCAACGUCUCUUUUGUCCAGGGGUACAUGGAGAAGCUCAGUGAAGCUGGCAUACAGAGUGACUCAGUGGAUGUUGUGCUAUCCAACUGUGUAGUCUGUUUGUGUCCGGAUAAAAGAGCCGUGCUACAGCAAGCGUACAAGGUCCUAAAGGAGGGAGGUGAACUGUACUUCAGUGACAUGUAUGCCAGCAAAGUUGUUCCUGAUCACAUGAAGCAAGAUCCAGUCCUGUGGGGCGAAGGAAUGGGUGGUUCUCAGUUUUGGCACGAUUUCAUUUCACUGGCCCGCAGCGUAGGUUUCAGCACUCCACACCUCGUCUCAGCGAGCCGCAUCAUGAUCUACAACAGUGAGCUCAAAGCAAAAGCAGGUGACAUCAGCUAUGCUUCAGGCACUUACCGCCUGUUUAAGCUGCCCAAAAGUCCUGUCAGGUCUGAGGCAACAGUGACCUACAAAGGAACUGUGGCAGAUUUCCCAGAUCAGCUGGACUUUGAUUCCUCCCACUCUUUCAAGAAAGAUGUGGCAGUGGAGGUAAAUGGAGAGAUGGCAGCAAUCCUCCAGAGUUCCCGUUUCUUCCCAGAUUUCGAAAUCCAGAUGUCGGAUAAACCAGAGUGCAGCUCAGAGUCAACACAGUACUGCCACCUCAGCCCGUUUCUGCUGGCGGACAAACUGGGAUCCUCAGUGACAAAAUGCUCCAAAACAAACAAAUGAAAAUGUUGCUGAAACCUGAGUAAAACUACAGAAAUAACAUUUUAACACAUUCUUUUUGAUAAGUCCAUCACAUUUGUAAAUUAUAGACAAAUAAUCUUAUGUGCUAGUCGUCACUUACCUCCAAUGAUGUACUUAUCAUUUGUGAAUAAUUGUGGUUCAUAGUUUGGCAGUGCUGUAAUGCUGUCACAGUAUUAUGAUAGUAAGAGUGUCUGGAUACUAAAAUAAGUUCAUUUACAAAGUGAUAAUUGUUUUAACUGUCUAUGAAAUAUUGAUGCUUAUGUGUAAAAAUUACAAUAAAAGCAUCUUACAG